GUCCUGUCAAAUACGUCCAGCCUUGUUCACAGUCCUGUCUCGAACCAAGAUCCAACAAGUCUGGAGAGGAUAUAAGACGGGCCGACUGGACCUCUGCACCUUUGUGAAAACGUGUAAACUGAACAAUGAGGGCUGUUGGUUUGCUGCUGCUGCUGCUGGCUCUGUGUGGGUCAGGAGCUCAGGGGGAGCUUCAGGAGAUGGCUCGGACAGAUGAAGCUGAGGAACCGACCGAGCAGACCACAAAGCAAACCACACCUGACAUCUGGGCGGAGGUGAGGGCUCUGAGAGACAUGGUGGUCGAGCUCAAGGUGGAGCUGAGGAACGUGCAUGCUGCAGUGAAGGACAGUGAGAGCCAGGUGGAUAAACUGAAAGCUGAGCUGAUCGUCACCAAUGUGCAGGUGGAGCUGCUGCAGAGAGAGAACUCAGACUUGCAGACCAGACUGAGAAGCAGUGAGGAUGAGAUUCUCAUCAGCAAGUCCAGGAUCGAGACACUGGAGAGAAAAAAUGCAGAACUGCAGAGCAGACUGAGCAGCAGUGAGUCCAGGAUCGAGACGCUGGAGAGAGAAAAUGCAGCCAAAGCUGCAGACCUGAUGUCUUUGGAAACUCGACUGACUGCCACCGAGAGCAAAACAAGUGACCUAAAAACAGAGAAUGCAGACUUGCAGACCAGACUGAGCAACAGUGAGAGUGAACUUCUCAUCAGCAAGUCCAGGAUCGAGACGCUGGAGAGAGCAAAUGCAGAGAGAAAGGUGGCCUUUUACACAGCUCUGACUGAUGCAGGAAGUGUUGGACCAUUCAACACAGAGAUCACACUGAAAUACAGCAAAGUCUCCACCAACAUCGGCGAUGCUUACAAUCCAUCUACAGGUUUCUUCACAGCACCAGUCAGAGGGGUCUACUACUUCCAGUUCACUAUGAGUGGUUACCAAACAGGUUGGAUGGGUGUCUAUGUGUAUAAGAACAAUCAGAGGAUCAUGUAUAAUUCAGAGAUUAAUGAAGAGGUAGAUCAUAAUUAUAUUACUAACUCUGUUGUCUUGGAGCUGAUGGCAGGAGAUAAAAUCCACCUCGUUCUCCCACCUGACUUUUCUCUCUAUGACAAUGCGAACAACCAAAACACCUUCAGUGGCUCCCUCCUCUUCACACUGUGAGGAUUCCUUCAGGCUGCUGUGUGACUCCUUAUUGGCUAAACUGUGAUUUACUGCAUGUACCAAAUAAUGAGAUUCUGCAUCUGACUUCUCUGUUGUGUCAUCACAUGAAAGCAACAUUGAAAUAAAUCUGC